CGGAACCGACAGCUGAGCCCGGAGGAGGCGCGAGCCCUGCAGAAGGAGAAGACUGCUGUGGUGGCCAGGCAGGUCCGCGGUGCCGUCUCUCUGUCCCGGGAAGCUUCGGGUCGGCAGCUGGUGGAGGCGGUGCCCGGCGAGGAGGCGCUGGCCCUGCAGGAGGCCGACAGCGGGGCGGUGCGUCUGAGAGCCGGAGACCCGUUCACGGAGGAGACGAGCGCCCUGUGGCUGGGAGUCCAGAGUCUGGGCUUCACGCUGGUCUGCGAGCCUCACGAGAACCUCCUGCUGGCUGAGGGGACCCUCCGCAACCUGACCCGGCACUGCCUGGAGCACCUGCACAUGCUGGGCCAGGGCAGCGAGGUUCUGCUGAGGAGCAACCGCAUCGACGCUCUGCUCAGCCGCUUGCUUCCUCACGGGCAGCUUCUGUUCCUCAACCACCGCUUCGCCCAAAGCCUGGAGAAGGAAGUAGCAGCUUACAUGGCCAAGUGAAGUGUGUGUGUGUGUGUGUGUGUGUGUGUGUGUGUGUGUGUGAGAGAUCAACUCAAUGACUGCUAACUUUCAAACUCCCAGGCUGAUGUUUGUUUACCCUGGGUGACAUUUGUGUGGCGGCAGGAGAAGAUGGUGGAGGACGAGCGAGCUGCAGCUGCAGCUUCAGAUUGCACGAGGCGGUGAACACAUGGAGAGGUAAAUAUCUCUGCAGCUCCUGCUGACUGUUUACUGUGUGGGAGGCUGCACUUCAAAUCCUGUUUGUCAAACUGAAGAGUGGAAAGAGAAAUGUGGCAGAUUUUAAAAAGUGCAGCUGAAAAGCUUCUCGCCAACACCAGAGACGGACGUUCAUCUGAUUCACUGCAGACCAGAGGUCACACCGUGACCCUGAGGAGUCAGGCUCGACCUUGUUUUUGAGGUGAAGGGGGCGUUAUCACCUCGACGGGGCUCCUCAUGGACCUUUGUUCCCGAGGAGGACACCAGGAGGAGAUGGAGGACAGAGUGUGAUUCAUUUCACAGUGACAAACAGCAAAGUCAAAUCUGCUUCAUGUUGUUCUGAACCCAGAGUGUCUCA